AUGCGAUGCGAAGCACGAAUCUUCGAAAAAACGGUACUUCGUAGAAAACGACAUCAUGAUAUAAUUUUACGCGUUAAUGAUACUGAUUUUACUCAAAUUGAACAUCAAAAAGCUGUUGAUACAUUUAAAUCAGCUGAAAGCUCUGUUAUUUUGGUAGUUCGUCGUUUAGCACCGCCGACUGUGGAGGAAGUCGUAUUGGAAAAAAUGUCAAACGUUGGCUUAGGUUUUUGCAUUUGUGGUGGAAUUAAUCAGGAAUAUGUUAAAGGUGAUUAUGGUAUAUUCAUAACGAAUAUAAUUCCAGACAGUGUAGCCGAUAACAAUGGAAGAUUAAAAGUUGGCGAUCGUUUAAUGAGUGUACAAUCGAUGCUUUUUUUCCAUGUAGAAAAACCAUUAUAA